AAUUUAUUUAUUCCUAUGCUUUGUCAAAAGAGAGAAAAAACUGUUUCCCGCCAAGAAUGGAAUCUGAGUUAUCACUCCUCUCACAUAUAUAUAAUUACUGCGCCUUUUUUUACUGCCUGGCAAAGAAAAGAAGGCACAGAGAAAGAUGAAGGGCACAUCAAAAGUGAUCAUGGGUGCUACAUUGGUCAUGGUGAUCACCCUCGCCGUCGUUCUCGGUCUCAUCCUCGUUCUCCUAGCUGAGCUCUACUGUUCUCUCUUACUCCGCCGCCGCCGCCGCCGCCGCCUCAGAAACGCUGCAAGCAGAGCCAAUGCAUCAUCACCAUCUUCACCAUCCCUGUACCCUCAACACCAAUCUCCUCUUCCUCUACACUUCGGUGGCAUUUAUGCACAUGGUGUUCUCCAAGCUCCCAGAACUCUUCUUUUUCCUUCACUUGCUCACAACGACGACGCCGCUGGACCCAAGUUGCAGCAUUCCGAGCUUCUUCAAAUCGAAACCCAAGAAUCAGUCUCACACCCACAUCAUCAAAUUGGACUUCUGUCUGCUUUCCCCCCACCUGCACUGUCCUUGACUAACAAGGCUACCCCAAAGCUGACUCAAGAAAUCACUGAGCAGGGUAGCAUCAGCGGAGCUGGUCCUGUUUUUUCUGACAAUACUAACAGUGGUGGGGAACACCUUGUGUAUAUUUCGAAUCCCAUAUAUGAAAACGACGAAGCCAAGUGUAGUAGCGGGGCAGAUACUUCGUUCGAAACGCCGGACACUUCACCUUCGCGUUUGGAAAGAAGUGGAUCCUCCGGCGAUGAUGAUGAUGAUGAGGUGGAAGCUGUGGCAUCUGGUUCACCCGCUCUGUCUCCGAUGAAGAAGCUCCCUGCAGAGGCUUGUUCUGUUUCUCUCAGCAAUGGCAGGCCAUUGGCCACUUCAGGCAGUGACUCCCAUAGCAUCAACGGUCCCUCAUCAUCAUCCUCUGCUUCCCCCUGCACUUCUCCUUCAUGGUGACUCAUCAAUGGUGCAUUAAGUCUCUUGUUUUCAGUUUUGUUUCUUUUUCUUUAUUUCUUCCUUUCUUUUUAACUAUCUGGAAUCAGCCAUCUUGGUAGUCCUGUGAAUAUGGGAAUUCUGGUUAUUAUUGGUAAGACCAAAAGUAAGAGAAGCAUAGGGCACAGCUGAGGGAGAAAGCUGGGAAGUACCUAUUUUUGCAGGCAGGCCAUGGCCUCGGCACGUCUCUCUAAUUCACGCCUGUACCUACUCAAUCUUCACCUCGCUUUCCGUUCUUUACUCGAGUAGUUACCUUAGGGAAAUGCAUCUUAGUUUAGUUUUCAUAUAGCUUGUACUUGGUUUUUUGUGAACUUGUUGCCUUCCCUGUAGUUCUAGUUAUGACGAUUUAUUUUUCUUCUUGUU